UCGGAUCUCAAAUCAAAACAAGACUCGUCUGACAGCUGAGUCUCGCCUCGGGAAUUUUAAAUGCAAAUCCUUUGACUUUAAGGUACACAAUGGGCUUGGUGCGUCAGGCAAGUGGGCUCCCUUGCUGCCGCCGUCCCUUCCGCAAUUUUGUGUACCUGCUGUCAUGGAUUGGAGCCUUCAUCUGCGGGAGCUUGCUGACCCUCAUGUCCGUAGAUCCAAUGAGCUGCAACAUCCACCAGUGCACAGAAAAAAUCAAGCGUAUUGAUGUGGAGGACUCGAACAGCUGGCUAGGCAUGUGGGGCCAGAAUGCCAAGGGCCCGGGCAAGAGUGUGUUUCUAGUAAUCAUAGUGAUAUCAGCGCCAGGCAAUUCCGAGCAGAGAGACACCAUCAGGCAGACAUGGCUUAGUGAAGAGAAGUCCGAUACGCUUCACUACUUUGUCAUUGGCACUGGGAGCCUCAGCGAGAACGUCAAUGUUACAAUUCAGUCGGAACAGAGGAGGUUCGGAGAUUUGCUGCUCCUGAACAAUGUUAUUGACUCAUACAGCGCCCUGACUAAGAAACUAUUGGCAUCUCUGGUUUAUGUCCACUACAAUGUCAAAUUUAGGUUCCUCAUGAAAUGCGAUGAUGAUACUUAUGUCCAGAUCCCACAACUACACAAAGAACUCAAGGCAGUGCCCUACAAACAGCGUCUCUACUGGGGUUUCUUUGACGGCAGAGCAACUCCACAUAAGAAAGGAGUGUGGAAGGAGAAUGAAUGGGUCCUGUGCGAUCAUUACUUGCCAUAUGCAUUAGGCGGAGGAUAUGUUCUCUCAUCUGAUUUAGUGACAUUUGUAGCAGUGAACUCCAAGUACCUCAAGCUAUACAAAAAUGAGGACGUAUCGCUAGGAGUCUGGUUGGCCUCAGUUGACCUGCAUCGAGUCCACGACACGAGAUUCGACACAGAAUAUGUUUCUAGAGGCUGUAACAAUGAGUAUUUAGUUAGUCACAAACAGAGCACACUGCAUAUGCGCGAAAAAUUCAAUUCCUUAAAAGCCACUGGACUUCUCUGCAAGGAACAGUUCCAAGUGCGUAAAUCUUAUAAAUACAAUUGGAAUGUACCAGCGUCAAAAUGUUGUGUGCGCAAUGACUCAUCAAUCCCAUAGACGAGAGACAAUACUAGUCGUGUCAAACUUCCAUGUCUGUGCAAAAACAUAUAUUAGAUAGGCUGGUGAAUUUUGUGAUAUCAGAACCACAACACUGUAUUUUAUUAUGCUGUAAAUUAACUAAAGAAAAUAAAAAAUCAUAUGCAAAAA